GCAUUGCACCUCGCAGCAUUUGCCUUCAGAAGUAGAUGAGAAACAAAAGGAGCGAGAAUGAGAGUGAAUUAUCGACUGCAUUCAUCUGACAACAGGGAGCACAUUUCUAUGAAUGAAAGAAAGAAUGAUUUCAGCCGUGUUGGCCCUGCCACCAGGCCACUGAGUGUCUCUGUCUAGCUCCGCCUGUCUGUGUGUGGCAGGGGUGGUGUCCUGGUUAGAGGGUCAUCAAAUGGAUGAGCUGCACCUGGACACAAAGCACUUCAGAAGACCCUCCAGACCUCCCCGUUGUCUCUCUGGCACUGCUGCUCUUCACAGGCAUGGAGAUGCCUCCACCCAUGGCAGAGCACUCCUGAAUCAAGAACGAACAACUGACAGCCCAAACACGCACACAUAAACACACAAAAAACAACCACCACAGAGACAAAGGUGAACCGUCCGUAUCAUCCUUCUCUGAUGAAGUGACUCAGCCGUGACCCUGGGCGGAGGUUUCUGGAUCUUGAUCUCUGGUGGAACUGAACAAGAGGUCAGGUAGAAACACUGCUGAGACUCCACAGCCAGCAUGCUCCGUCAGUCUCUGAGCAUCCUGAAGCAGCUUGGCUCUGCAGCAAAGUCACAAGAUGCCACUGAACUUCUCCAUGAAGACCUGGUUUUGGUAGAGCAGCGGGUGGAGCCGGCCAAGAAGGCGGCUCAGGUCCUUCACAAGAAGCUGCAGGGCUGCAUGCAGAGUCAGCCCGGGCUGGAUGCUGAAAAACGAAUGAAAAAGCUCCCUCUGAUGCUGCUGUCCAUCAGCAUGGCCGAGAGCCUCAAAGACUUCGAUGCAGAGUCCUCUAUCAGGAGAGUGUUGGAGAUGUGUUGUUUCAUGGAGAAGAUGCUAGCAAGCAUGCUUGCAGACUUUGAGAUGAAAGUGGAGAAGGCAGUCCUGGAGCCCCUCAACAAGCUCAGUGAGGAUGAUUUACCAGAAAUUCUCAAGAACAAGAAGCAGUUUGGGAAGCUUACGAUGGAUUGGAACAACGCAAAAACCAGGAGUCAAGCCAGCACGGGUCCUGGGGCGAAGCAGGAUGGACUCAGGGAGGAAGUGGAAGAAGCUUGGAGGAAGUUGGAAAGCAUCAAGGACCAGUACUCUGCAGAUCUGUAUCACUUUGCAACUAAAGAGGAGAACUACGCUAACUACUUCAUUCGUCUUCUUGAGCUGCAGGCAGAGUACCACAAUGUUUCCUUUCAGUUCCUGGAUAAAAAUAUCAGCGAGCUCAAAGAAAGUCACAGUCAGACAGGGUCAUCGCUGAGCCUCUCAAAUCAGAAGGUCUACGGGGAACCUCUGCUGUCUCAUCUGUCAAAAAGUGAUAGAGAAAUUGCUACACCAAUCCAGGAGUGUAUUCACAUGCUGCUAAGAACAGGCAUGAGAGAGGAGGGCUUGUUUCGUCUGGCAGCAGCAGCCUCAGUGGUGAAGAGGCUGAAAACUUGUUUGGAUCAAGAAAAUGUCGACCACAGCGAGUUCAGCAUGGACCCUCAUGCUGUUGCUGGAGCGCUGAAGUGUUACCUGCGAGAACUACCUGAACCUUUAAUGACAUUUGAACUCUACAAUGACUGGUUUAAAGCUGCGGGAGAAAAAGACCUGACAGAGAAGCUGGAGCAGUUCAAAGUACUACUGAAGAAACUACCACCUGAAAACUACAACAACCUCAGGUAUCUGGUGCAAUUCCUGUCUCUGCUGUCUGAGCAUCAGGCUGUAAACAAGAUGACACCCAGUAACAUUGCCAUCGUCCUGGGGCCAAACCUGCUGUGGCCACAAUGUGAAGGAGAAGUUGCUCUGUUUGACAUGGCGUCAGCUUCUUCGGUCCAGGUGGUGACGGUCAUUGAGCCUCUGAUUCAGUACAGCUCCAGCCUCUUCCUUGAAGCUGUAUCCUUUGAGAUACCAGAACUCCCAGAUGUACCAGAUGUGACCCUGCCGACUCCUGGUGCUCAGUCUCUGUUCACAGAAAAGGAGAGACUGAGCAGAUCCCUCUCCUCCACAUCAUCGACAGCAUCCUCCUGCUCCUCAUAUCACCUCGCUCUCUCAAAGUCAAACAGCUCGGCCUCCCAGGACAGCGGCAGUUUCUUUUUGGUGAAAUCUGGCUCCAUAAGUCGCAGUGGCACCACCACCUGGGCCAGCCCUGCAGUAGAGACACCAACACCAAACAAUACAAGCACAACACCCGGCAGCUCAUCCUCACUUGUUACCAAUCCCAUUGCUUCCUCCAACACUCCUCCUGCCUGUAGCUCCACAGGCAAUCUUUCCAAGGCUACAGGAACAUCACCAAGCACCGGUCUUGUCCGGAGUCCCACACAGCGGCAGAGCUCAGAUCAAAGCCCGCUGGAGCCAAUUUUGGAGGCACCUCCCGACUCCCCCAAAGCAUUGGUGAAGGUCAGCUCACCGUAUAAACCAAAGAGAUCUUUCAACGUGAACAAACCUCUCAAUCCUAACGAGCAGCUGACAGUUCAGUUCUCCAAACCAAAACCCUCAGCGCCCCCAAAGUUUCAAGCACCUACACCCCCCGCAACAGCCCCAGCCGCAACAGAGUCGAGGACCCAGCCAACACCAGCGCCCAGGGGUCAUUCCGCAAGCGUGAGAAAGCCUCCUCCAAAAAAGCCUGGACUCAGAGCUCCUAACUGCCCUCCACCUCUUCCUCCUCCAUCACAGGCAAAAGAGAUUCCUUCCAUAGCACAGUGAGAAGUAUGACACACUGUAUGCACCGUUCAUUCAUGGUGUACAUAUUUACCUAAGGCAUCACUGUCGUGUGGCUUCAGAUUCAACCAAGCAAAGCUCUUAGUGAUGCUCACCAAAAGUUAGACGUGAUGGAAAUAUUCAACAAGAGAGGGCAGCACAUCACUGCUUUACUGAUGACAUGUGAGAUGUUCUUUGUACAUGAAAAUUUUUGUUGCCUUGUUUGCAACAAUGGGCACGUUAGCCUUGAUCAGUGUUGUCAAAACCUGCUGUUUGAUAACUUUCACACCUCAUUUUGAAUUACAAUCGCAGCUUAGCCAAUUUUAUAGUCUUACCAAUGUUUUUAUAACCAGUCAUUUAUUUAUUCUUCAUUAACUAAUGCAUAGAGAUUUCCAGAAUUAAAGGCAGUGCUAAAAAUAAAGUUUAUCUGGAAUAAAAAGAAGAAAAGCAACCCAUGUGUAUUUUUCCAGCCAUCCAAAACAGUGUAGUGUGUUUGAUGUUACAUUUUCUGUGUCUGUAGAAUAAUAUGUUUGUGAGACCUUGGAACUUCAGUUUUUGAGUGAUAUACCACCCAGAAAAAGCUUGUCACAAAGCAGGAGGCAGCUUUCAUGGGGAAUUCACAUCAGGUACCAUAGAUUCUAAUAAUAACUGAAAACUACCACCACCUGUCAGGCUCACAUGAUGGUAUAUUUGGGUGGACUUUUCCUUUAAACCAAACCCGAAAGCUAUGCAAAUAAAUCAUUAUUCGACCCAGCUAAAAUAUCUUUAUUGUCAGUUUCAUCAUAGUGUAUCAUUGGUAUUGACUGCAGCAUUAGGAUGAGAAUUGUACUGCAGGUGCUCAUACUAGUACAUAAAGCACAUAAGCAUAUUAAAAGGAGGUCAGUUAAUAUCUUCAUGUAUAAAAGAUCAAAUAAAUGACAAAUCUUCUAUAAAAAUAA